ACCGCGUAGUUCAUUCGGUUACGGAAUUAGCCAAGUGAUAAUCCUCCGCGCUCCGUAAGAACACCGUUUCCCUGAUCGCGUUUUGCAAUACCAGCGAACAAUCAACAAAUUAACAUCAUCAACAACAACGGAUUAUCGAACCCCUAAGGAAUUUACCUUUCAUCCACAAAUCCGGAAGAUGAACAUCCUUUUAAUGGCGAUUUUGACGGUACUAGGAUGGCUGGCCAUGUGGUAUCGUUCCAGACGUCGAAUGCUGAAGUUGAUAGAAAAGAUUCCGGGACCAUGGGCUCUGCCGCUUCUUGGUAACGUGAUCGAAUUGAACGUCGACCACGACGAAUUGUUCCAACGUCUGAUGGGGAUGCAACUGUUCUGGGGUCGGAACGAAGGAAUCAACAAAGCGUGGCUAGGCACAACACCCUACGUCUUCCUGAGCAAGGCAUCAACCGUGGAACCGAUCCUCGGAAGCAGUCGUCACUUGGCCAAGAGUAAGGACUACAGAUUUCUCCAACCUUGGCUAGGCACGGGACUGCUGACAAGCUCCGGUAAGGUUGAUCGACGACCUGAAAACAACUCUAAAUCGUUAUUGAACGUUCGAUCCCAGAUAUCUGUUCCCUCGUUUCCAGGAAAGAAAUGGCACUCUCGGCGAAAGAUCCUCACACCGACGUUUCACUUCAAAAUAUUGCAAGACUUCGUCGACAUAUUUUCGGAACAGACGGAGAUACUGGUAGAGAAAAUGUCGAAGGAAGCGGGCAAGGGCUCGUUCAACAUAUUUCCCUACAUUACUCACUGCGCUUUGGACAUUAUUUGUGAGACUGCCAUGGGACGUCGCGUCUACGCCCAGGAUGACAGCGAGAGUGUUUACGUCAAGGCAGUUUACGAAAUGGGAGGUAUCGUCCAGACUCGUCAAGCUACGCUCUGGUAUCAUCCCGAUUGGUUGUUUCGUCUGACGUCCUUCUACAAGAAGCAUCAAAAUAACCUUAAGAUAUUACACAAAUUUUCCAUGAAGGUAAUUAGUGAGAGGAGACAGGUGAUCGAGGACCGACUUGCGGAAAUCGAAUACGACAAAGAACAGUGCGUAAACAAGAAACUAGCCUUCCUCGACCUACUGAUCGAAGCAUCUCGAGGUGGAACUCUCCUCUCGGACGAAGACAUUCGGGAGGAGGUUGACACGUUCAUGUUCGAGGGCCACGACACGACUUCGUCCGCGAUGAGUUGGACGCUGUUUCUACUAGGCUGUCAUUCUGAAAUACAGGAAAAAGUCGUCGCGGAAUUGGAGGAAAUAUUUGGCGAAGGUAAUUCUGAACGAAGACCGUCCAUGCAAGACUUGCACGCAAUGAAGUAUUUGGAAAGAUGCAUCAAGGAAGCUUUGCGACUGUAUCCAAGCGUUCCUUUACUCGCUCGACAAGUCUCGGUGGAUACUAAAAUCGGAAAGUACGUCGUUCCCAGAGGAACCACAGCCAUAAUCGCUGUCCCCAUGCUACAUAGAGACUCCAAAGUCUUUCCGAACCCUGAAUGCUUUGACCCGGAUCGAUUUCUACCAGAGAACAUGAUCGGCAGGCAUCCUUACGCUUAUUUACCGUUCAGCGCCGGGCCGAGGAAUUGCAUAGGACAAAAAUACGCCAUUUUGGAAGAAAAAGCUGUGCUAUCAGGAGUGCUACGAAAAUACAAAAUCGAAGCCGCGUGUCGCAGAGAGGAUAUCAUAGUUAGCGGAGAACUUGUUACCAGAGCGAAACACGGUUUGGUAGUAAAAAUAACCGCACGAAAAAAAAUCUGACACACAUCUCAAUUAACGGAACCUGUGUACAACAGGAUGUCAAUAAUUCUAUUAUUAUCGCUAUCUUGUGACGCAAAGUUGUACGCAUCUUGUCUCAGAUGGCGGAAAGAAAUAAGAAAAUUUUAUUCGUAAUGUAACAGCGUAAAUCCAAUUUCUACAUUAUAAAUCCUCCCCAUUUCCCUUGAUCUACAAUUAUCGAUUUCAAAUUUGAAAUAUUGCACGAACCGAUCGAACGUUGUUCAAAUACUUUGAUUUAAUUAGAUCAAUCAGGACUUGUUUGAAGUUGUAACAGAAUAAACCAGCCAAAUGAAUAAAUUUUAGUAGAAACUGCGUGGUAUACGUAACAUGGUAUAAAAGAAAUCAGGGCCGUUACAACAUUGGUAUA